UGUGGAGGACUUGCGUGCAAACAUCCAUUCUUCCUCUCAGCCUUAAGCGAAAAAACCCUAGCACUGGACGACCUCCAAAACCCUAGAGCCGUCCCCAAUGGCGAGCCACGAAACCAACCCGUCCCCUGCCGCCUCCUCCAAGAAGAAGAAGAGGCACUCCAAGAAGCGCAAGGCCAUCGAAGUCACUGUAGAUGCCUCCUUUCCUGGCGCCGCCGCCCCCGUCGUCGGUUACUUCCCGACGGGCUACGACCCCCUUGCGGCCGCAGAGCCCCCACGUGUGCGGUUGUUCCGCCACGAGAAGCACCAUAACCGCGUCGAGCUAGUGGUCGGCGCCCCUGGUGGAGGCCCCGACUUCGUCGGCCGGAGCUACGCCGGCGAGGCCGCUGCGCCGCAGCUCUGCGGCUACGCCCUCGGCGUCCUCGACAAGGCCACCGGCACCCUCAAGAUUGUCCCCAUCGCCUCCAACAAGAUUUUGAGGCUAGAGCCACACUUUGAAGCGCAGCAACCGGCUCAUUCACAACAGUCAGCAGCAGAAGCAGGUUCUUCUGUAGCAGAUACUGAAUUGAACAGGCAAGAUCUUACCCAGGCUUAUGGGACCAAGAAAGAUAAGGAUAAGGAUAAUAAGUGGAAGUCACUAAAAGAACAAAGGAAUGACCCUUCUGCUUAUUUGGACCUUGAUCUUGGAGAGUCCAAGACCACUGCAGAUGCCACUGAUAGUGAGGCAUCAGUGGAAGUUCGCAACAUUCCACCUUAUGAUCCUGCUGCAGAUACAUCUGAAAAGGCAUAUCUUUUUGAUGAGAUCAUUCCAAAAAAUAUACGGCCACACCUUCUAGAUAUUGUGGGACACUUUGAAUCGGGAGAAUUUGGUUUGAAAGGCUAUGGGAGUUUUGUCUCAAAUCGUGUGAAUAAGUUACAGGAGCUUCAGGGUGAAGAUCAGGAAAGGCUUGCUUGGAUACUAUCCUAUAUCACACAUCUCCUGUCGUUGUUGGCGCGCAACAGCUCCAUGUCCAAGCAGAAAAGAAAAGAAAAAGACCAGACCAUCCGUGGACCAAUGAUCCCACAGGCUGUGCACCGCAAGCUGUUGCUGAUGUUCACGGAGCCAGGGUCUUCUUCCUUGUCGACAGAGAAACACGAGCUUCUGGUCAAUUACAUUUUAGUACUCACACUUUUUGCUGAUGACUUCAGAUCUGAACCUACGGAUAUAUGUGUGGACCUGAAAAUGAACCGCCAGAUGCUUAAACCAUAUUAUGACCAGCUGGGAUGCAAGUCGGUGUCAACAGGUGCUUUUAAACCAUUUUUUAUGACGCUUCCAGCACCCCUCAAGUUCCCACAACAAGUCACAAGGAGAAGGCGGCGAAAAUAACCAUCUCAGUAUUGGUUUCCAUUUGAUAUGGUUGUGAUAGGAAAGGUAUGCAUUGCCACCGUCGAAAGAACCUAUGUGCCCUCAGCUCAGUUUCACCAAUGUAGUGGAGAAAAUGAUGACGGUGGUUGUUCUGUUUUUGUUUUCUAUUGUCGCUUGGGAAUUGCUACAAGAGAGGAACCAUAUUACGGAUAUAUAAUUUGCUUGCUACUCGAA